AAUUUCACCGUAGUUUAACCGGAAAGAAAUCAGAUCCUGAAGUUGCGUUGAGGUAAUGCAUCAUUGGGGAUGUGUUUGUUUGAAAACACAAACAUUCGCACAACAUAUUGAUUUAAGCCGAUAACAACCGGACAGUGAGCACCCUUCGUAAGCCGUAGGAAGGUGGACGGGGUCAUUUUUUUCCGAGUACUUGAUACUUUUCUGGAGGCCUCGGAGAGAAACGCAGGACGUUAAGCUAAUGAUAAGUAGCCACUAUGUCAUGGGAAGAAAUGUCUUGUCUCCCGGCCUCGCCUCAACCCCGCUCUUCUGCUCUCUGAUGCCGCUGGUCAACAAAAACAAGCAGAGCUCGCGAGACAUGGCAGACAGCUCCGGAGAGCAGCCGGGCGCUCAUGGCUCAGGCGUUAACGGACAGGCCAGCGGAGCAUCGCUGAUGCCGUCUUUGGCUAAUCUACCCGUGGGACACCCGGCAACCAGCGGUGCUCACGCCAGCUCCAACCCGGCCUCCCCUCCUCUUGCUUCGGCCGCGGAGAGUGGCCUAUCCGCUCUCAUCCCCCCCAUGUCCGCUGUCACCACUAGCGGGUUUGGCCACACGUUCACCCCCGGCUUGUCACCGCCGGUCGUGGCCGUGUCUCCGAUUGUACACGGGUCCUCGGUUCUACCCGGUGUUGGGCUCGGGCUCAGCGGGGUGGCAGGAGCAGACCUUCUGUCCCACAUCCACGCCACUUCCUGGGACCCGACCCUCAGUACGGACUGGGACAACGAGAAGGCUUCCCAGCAGUGUAUCCUGCGGAUAAAGAGAGAUAUCAUGUCCAUCUACAAGGAACCUCCGCCAGGGAUGUUUGUUGUCCCCGAUCCUCAAGACAUGACCAAGAUCCACGCGCUGAUCACGGGGCCAUUCGACACGCCGUACGAGGGAGGCUUCUUCCUGUUCCUGUUCCGCUGUCCCCCUGACUACCCAAUCCACCCACCGCGGGUCAAGCUCAUCACCACCGGACACAACACCGUCCGCUUCAACCCCAACUUCUACCGCAACGGCAAGGUCUGCCUCAGCAUCCUGGGGACAUGGACUGGCCCAGCAUGGAGCCCAGCCCAGAGUAUUUCAUCUGUCCUCAUCUCCAUCCAGUCUCUGAUGACGGAGAACCCCUAUCACAAUGAACCUGGCUUUGAACAGGAGCGCCACCCAGGGGACGGGAAGAAUUACAACGAGUGCAUCCGCCAUGAAACCAUGAGGGUGGCUGUGUGUGACAUGCUGGAGGGCAAAGUGCCCUGUCCUGAAGCUCUGUGGAGUGUGAUGGAAAAGUCCUUCCUGGAGUACUACGAUUUCUACGAGGGAGUCUGCAAGGAGAGACUGCAUUUACAGGGACAGAACAUGCAGGACCCAUUCGGUGAGAAGCGAGGCCGCUUCGACUACCAGGGCCUGCUGGCUCGCCUCUCCGCCACCCACAGGCGGGUACGCGAAAAGACCCUGGCGGAGGACGACCAUAACGACGAGCAUUCGGACUCAGACACAAGCUCCACAGGGACGGACCCCGACAGCCAGGGCAGCUCCCAGCCCUGACUCUCCUCACCCCCACUCUCCCACACCCCGGACAGUGCUGGACUCGGAGAAUCUCAAGGACAAGGGUGGGUGGAAGGAAGGAAGGAAGGAAGGGAAGGAAGAGGGAAGAAAGAGAAAAGGAAGAGAUGGAGACCCUCUAAAGCCGUGUGAGGCAGGCCAGACAUGGGGACCACAUAUUUGGAGCGCAGGCUCUCCUUCAAAGUAUGUAGAUGGACAAAGAUCCUCGGACCACUUCAGACAUCAGCAACUCUGGUGAGUUGACAGUGAGUCCAUUAACAUAAGAAGCCGUCGUGGAGAAAUGUCACCUCUCAUUUAUAUCCACCCCCCCCCCCCCUCUGUUAUGUUGUUUUCUCAUUGUUGUGCUGAAACUAAGGCUUUGUUUCUGUCAGGGUUUUUUUAUUUUGGGAAAACCCAUGUUCUUUGGGUUGUUGGGUUCUCGUGAUUUCAGAUUAUCCCGUGCAUUUUAGCUACAGCCCCUCCAGAAUGCUCCAUGUGGUCACGAUGCAAGAGAGAGGGAACCUCCUAGUCUACAAAAAUACAAUCAUCGCUUUUUUGCACUCUAUAUUCAUUUACUUGCUUUUUCAUGGCUAGCAUCCCGGCUAACUCCUGGCUAAGUGCCAGCCUACAGGAGAGCCUAAAACUGACGGAACUUGCUGAGCAGUGAGGCAGAAAACGCUCCAAAAGGACAGGGGUUAAGAUCACUUACCAUUCAAGUCCUUCUUGAUACGAUACGCUCAUGCUGUACAUGCGUUAAAUGUGUUAUUGGUUGAAUGCUUCCACCCGUUCACAUCCAUCUCAAGCAUCACUUGGCCGCCAAGUAGAAAUGCACAAUAUAGGUACAGCUACCCUCUCCGUCUGAAGGUGACAAAAUCUACAUACUAGCCCCUCCAGAACUCACUAAUUGACAUAUAGCUCCUCUGUUUAAUCUUUAACAACAACAACAAGGUGUAAAAAUAUAUUUUACAUGGGAUUAUGUGCCACUGUUGUAAAGAGACAUGAUAUGACGUGAGCAUGAGGUACUGGUAGACGGAGGUUGUUCGUGGCUAAGGUAGCCAAUAUGUGAGCGCUAUCAAUUCACACAUCGCCAGAAAGGGAAUAAAAAAAAUAACGCCUCGGUCCGAAUGCAGACUUUUAACACUCGUAUAACACCAGUCAUGUACGCUUUUCAGCGAGUGGUCGGACAUGUGUUGUUGUCUGUCUGCGUUUGGCUCGUUUGAGGGCCGAACCCCAGGUCCUCGCCUGGUAACAGUUCCCCGUGUGUGAUUACUAAUGUGUAGGGCAUUCCCUUUUAUUUCUUUUAUGUUGUAGAAUGGUUGUACGCGAUGCGGCUCCCAGCAGAAUGUAUGUGAUCGCAAAAACCUUGAUUGCAUCGAACUUGGCUGGCGUGGAAGUGAGCUUGUGUCCCUGUUUUGGUUUGUGCUGUGUUUGUGCUUUAAAGCAGGGUUCUUCUCUAUAAAAAGCCUGGAUUCCUGACAGAAGUGAUCAUUUUCCAGGUCUGCAAAAAUGUUGGUAUUGUACAGAAGUUCUGAUGAAGCACAGAAUAAAAUGUUGUUCAGUUGUGAUACAUGUAAGUAGUGUUUUAUUUGUAUUUCUUUUCUUGUAGCUGUACACCCACUGUCAACAAAAAAAUAACUCAGCCAGCGCUGUGUGAUGUAAUGUCUCGUUAUUAAAAGCUGAAGCUGUUA